AUGGUACAAGAUAUCAAGCGCACCGUGAAGCUCGUCACACAGCAGCGCAACAUCGACAAGCCCUCUGAAGUCGAGGGGUUCCCAAUGAAAUCCUGGAACAUUGAGAUCUUCAUGUUGGACGAGGCAGGGAACGAGAAGCCCGCGACUUGUUUCACGAAAGUCGUGUAUACUCUGCACCCUUCGUUCGCCAACCCCAUUCAAACCUUCCACUCAGCCCCCUUCCGAUGUGAGAACGAGGGAUGGGGAGAGUUCGACAUGUCGAUCGACCUCUACACCUCCGAGAAGGGCGGCAAAAACACUAUCCAGCAUGACCUGAAUUUCGCAAAGAACAGCUACGAGGCUAGACACACCCUCACCUUCAAGAACGCGAGCGCCAACCUCAUCAACCAUCUCCGUGAGACCGGCCCUGUUCCCGGAGACGAGAACGGGCGCAAGAAGGACAAGAAGCCGGCGUCGAAGAAGACGGGAGUGGUUGACAUGGAGAAGCUGGCGGAGGCCUUGGUCAAGUUGAACGAGGAUGAUCUCCUCCACGUCGUCCAGAUGAUCCAUGACAACAAGUCGGAGGAUACCUAUACCAAGAACGAUGUCGAGCAGGGCGAGUUCCAUGUGGACUUAUACACGCUGCCGGACACUCUCCAGAAGAUGCUCUGGGACUACGUCACGCUCGGCAAAUAG